UCGUCGGUUUGACGUCGUCGAAGCGAGUCGACGCGAAACGGCCUCGAGAUCUCCGCUUGCGUGCGUCUCGAUUAAUUUCGGCUGGCACCGUGGACGUCGUUCUUCUCGUCGUUCCCAAGCUUGGCUACGCGAAACGAGUCAGUCGAUACUCCUGGCCAGAGUGGUCGGCGUGUACGAAAACGGAAGCUGAAAGGAAAACGUGUGCAGGGUCUCUGGAAGGCACAGUGGGGCGGAGCGGCACCGUCGUUGCGCUCGAACUGGGCGCUCCGUGACUACGGGAGGUCGCGACGCGACGCGCAGCGUUCCGACGUCGCUGACGGAGGCGAUGGUACCGGACUAUCGCGUCCCAGGGCCCUGUUCUUCGUUACUAAUUGGACGCUGCCAAAGUUGCCAAGCAUGUGACUACUUGGACGGUACCACAGUGCUGUAAAUGUUCGAGACCAUGACAACCUGUGCACCGAACGAACUAAAGAAUCUGUGUACGCAGUAGUUGACCUAAUUCCCGUAUCUACACUUUCCUACGUUAUAGUAGAGCGCGAAGGAAAGCAGAAUUUGAGCAAUCGUAGGUGAAAACAGGGGAGGAUCUGGGAAAAGUGGAGCGUCGAGGGGGGCCAGGACCGGGGGUGGCUCCGUCCCUGGACGUCGGUGGUGACGAAGGGGCUGCUGCCAGUGGGAUCAGUCGGCGCCCUGGUCUUCUCCGUGUACAUCAGACUCUCCUAUUCUCAACGAUGUGAGCAUUUCGACCGUACCCAGUGCAGAUGUUGAAAGCUCUCGCGACCAUGUCGACGAGUGUAUCCGACCAACUGAAAAAUUUCCAUACGCGGCUGAACGCCAAGUCUCGCGUGACCUGACCUAGUUCUCCAGCCUGUGGCUUUCCACGGAGCGAAGUAGCUUGGAGGAAAAUAGGAUCCGAGAGCUGGUAGACGAACGGUAACGGAGGGAAGAGGAUCUGUGGAGAAGCCGAGGGACCCUCGAGGGGCUCCCUCGUGUACGCCCCCUCGGCUGGCCCGUGCAUGAUUCCGGCACUGGACGUCGGUGGUGACGAAGGGGCUGAUGUCAGUGCGGCCACUCGGCGCCCGCUCCGUGGCUCGGAUGCGCGAACGCGACACCCGCAUCGUCGUACCGCGAGUGAAGCUCCCGACGGAGGCGGAGGCGGCAGUAGCAGCGGCCGAUGACGGUGAUGGUCAGCCGCGAUACAGUGGUGACUGGUGACUGGCGUACGAUUAUACGUAAAAUCGGUCUCGCGUACGGUAACGUGCCGGUCGGUCGGUCCUGGGGGCGGCAGCUUUGGGAAUAAUGCGCGUUAGGCACGUUCCACGGCGACGAGGACGACGGUACGACGCGAGGGACCCGAGCAGCCAGCCGCGGGUGCAGCUGCAGCUACGCAAUUAUGUACGCGUACGGUUUCGAGAUCACGUAGUGGCUGCCGUGUAAUUAUGUUGUCAUCGACGCGCGGCGCGCCCUGUGUAGCUUCACGGUGAAAAUCUGGCGUGAGCGGUGCCGCGGUGGAACGGGGAACAUGGCGUCGGUCUCGGCUGAGACUCCAGCUAGCCACGGGCACAGCUUCAGCAAGAAGACGUUUCACAAGCCGACGUACUGCCAUGGCUGCACCGACAUGCUGUGGGGCCUCAUACAGCAGGGGUACAUCUGCGAAGUUUGUAACUUCGUGGUGCACGACCGCUGUCUCAAGGCCGUCGUCUCUCCCUGCUCCAGCAUCGCGGCAAGCCUCAUUAAGAACCCGGUUGCACACUGUUGGUCCGAACAGGUACAUCAUAGAAGAAAAUUCUGCAACGUCUGUCGCAAACGGCUCGAUGAUAGUUUAUCCAUACAUUGUGAAAUAUGCGAAUACUUCGUGCACACGGAGUGCCAGGAUUUUGCCGUGGCAGAUUGCAAAGAGAACGCCACGUACUUGCCUGGGAAGGACUUGGCGCAGGUAAAACACACUCAUCACUGGCGAGAAGGCAAUCUUCCCAGCAGUUCGAAAUGUGCUGUCUGCAAGAAAAACUGUUUUUCUGCCGAGUGCCUUUCCGGGUUUCGUUGCGAGUGGUGCGGCAUGACGUUACACUCUUACUGUCAUAAAAAUAUCCCGCAAGAAUGCACCUUUGGGAACUUGGAACCAAUCUACUUACCACCGCAUGCAGUCAGUAUUCCACGUACGGAGGUUCCCAUGGAAGCGAUCAUCGGAGUACAAGUACGUCGAAAAGAAGUCCUGGCGCGUGAGUAUUCCUGCCAUAACAUCGGAGAGCAAUUCGAUUUCGCUGAGAGUGAACAAAUUGGGGCUGCAGGCCGUCUAGCCGAAGUUUUGAGGCGCCUUUCACUAGUUUUGCCACGUAGCUGCCAUGGAAAUUGUCAUGCUUCCCCUCCUUAUGUUCGAGCGAGAAGCAUAUCGGAGGAGUUUAGCAGCGCGGACACGAGGUAUCGUGACAAUGGCGAGCCUGGACCAGGCGGCACUCACGGUCGCGAUCCGCGUUCGCCGAAGGAGAAAGAAGAUAAAGAUAGAGGUGACGAAGAGAUGAUCAAGGUGUACGACGGCAACAAUUCCCUCAGACGGCGGAUAUUUCGCGUCAUCUCUGUACCCAGGCAAGCCACCACGGAACAGGUCCUGACGUCGGCGCUUCGUGCAUUUCACAUCACAAAGGAUCCCAGCAACUUUUACCUCACCGACCUGUACGCUACGGAUGAGACCGAGCUAUGCGACCCAACGCCAGUUCUAAACUUGAAUCGCAAAGAGGGCAAACGUCCGGCGGUCUUCUUACGAUUCAAGGAUAGCGAAGCUGGAGAAGUGCGCGUCUAUCCUGGUAAGCUACAGGUGUCAGAGUCAUUCUGCAUAGUACCUGUCACGGAAACGUCAACGGUCGCGGACUUAAUCGAGGAAGCGCUCCAGAAGUUUGGCUUGGAGAAUUUCAAGUCGGAGGAUUACAGAUGCAGCGAGAUUCUUCUCGACCGCGGUGUCACCGAAAGAGUUCUAACUCGCGAGGAAAAGCCAUGGGAUAUUGUCAAGCAGCUAGGGAAAGAUUCGAUCAGACAAAUGGAGCUGAUGCGAUUUUACCUCCAGCUGAAACAAGACCCCCAUGGACCUAACUUAGCGUUAUUCGUGGGUAACCUGCCGCCGAAUCUCUCUGAAAGAAGUUACGAGAACAUGUUGACGGAAUUCUUAGGCAAAGAAAACAAAUUCUCCUCGAUUGGUCCCAUAUACUACGAGUACGGCUCGAUGGUAAUUAUCUACGAGGAUGCGAAUAAGGCGGUCAGAGCGUUGUACACAUUACGAGAAUCAAAAUACGAGGACAAGCAUCUUUUAGUUAUGCUGCUACCAAGCAUCGAGCCCAGUAUGGUUCCACCUGGUGUCCAACCUUUGCUCGUCUUCGUCAAUGUGAAAUCUGGCGGUUGUCAAGGACUCCAGUUGAUUUCCAGCUUUCGUAAACUCCUGAAUCCCUAUCAGGUGUUCGAUCUCGACAACGGAGGUCCACUUCCUGGACUGUACGUUUUCCGUCACAUAAAGGAUUACAAAAUCCUGGUUUGCGGCGGGGAUGGGACAAUAGGAUGGGUCCUGCAGUGUCUGGACAACGUGGGCCAGGACAGCGAAUGUUCCUCGCCUGCCUGCGCCAUCGUUCCUCUGGGAACAGGAAACGACCUUGCGAGGGUUCUGUGUUGGGGUCCUGGUUACACAGGUGUCGAGGAUCCCUUGACUCUUCUCCGAGACGUCAUCGACGCCGAGGAAUCUCAUUUGGACAGAUGGACUGUAGUCUUUCAUCCAGAAGAGAAGGAAGACAAGCAGAUGACACCCAAUACAGGAGGAGUUGGCGCGACGAGCGAGGACAACACGCAAAUAUUCGUGAUGAACAACUAUUUCGGUAUUGGUCUCGACGCCGACUUGUGUUUGGACUUCCACAACGCCAGAGAAGAGAACCCCGACAAGUUCAAGAGCAGAUUGCACAACAAGAGAAAGUAUGUGACGAUGGGGUUGCGGAAAAUGGUGAAAAGGACACCUUGCAAGGACUUGCACAAAGAAAUUCGAUUGGAGGUGGACGGAAGACUCGUCGAGUUGCCUCAAGUCGAAGGGAUAAUUAUUCUUAACAUUUUAAGUUGGGGUUCUGGGGCGAAUCCCUGGGGAUCAGACACGAAGGAAGAUCAAUUUUAUACUCCAAAUCACUGGGAUGGCAUGCUGGAGGUAGUGGGCGUCACGGGUGUGAUGCAUCUUGGACAAAUUCAAUCUGGUAUUCGUGGGGGGAUGAGGAUAGCCCAGGGAGGACACAUAAAGAUUCAUUUGCAAUCUGACACACCAGUACAAGUGGACGGAGAGCCGUGGGUUCAGAGUCCUGGGGAUAUCGUAGUGUUAAAGUCAGCACUGAAGGCUACCAUGUUGAAGAAAAAUAAGAUCAAGCGUCGGAAUACCGAACCGUCGAUUCCACCCGCUAAUGGGGAGGGGGGCAAGAGCACGGACGAGUGUACCAACAAAACCUAACCGCAGCUUGCGACUAGUCGAUUAAAUUCAUGAUUCAAGUUUCGGUGCUCCGCCUAGACUCCCCGAUUGUGCAGAUUUCUGCAACAAUGAGAGGGAGUUUCGGUGUGGGUACGCCAUGCGCAACAUGUACACUACAUGUAUCUCCUGUAUAGUAAAUGUCCAGUCGAUGUUUCCGUCGCAUGUAGCCCUUCUGUGCCACUAUUACCGAUGUAUGGGGGGUGAUUAACAAAUUCGUGGAAUACAACCACCUUUUAUCGUUGAUAUUGGGAAACAGCUUGGACGACUUCAAACAUGAUUUCAAAGAACUUUGGGAAUAUUUGCAGAAGUUUGAUACGUUAGUUGGGUGUCAUCCUUGGUGAGAGUCGCUGUUUAUACGUGAUUUUUGCUAUAAUUUUAUUAUACUUCUGUGGCGUGACAAUUAUAUUUUUAUAUUUGAUUCGGAAUCUAUAUCGAGAGAGUAACGAUACCUUGAAGAUUUUACUUUGUUCAGGAAUUUAUUAGUUACCCUGACAUACCUAAAUGCUCAGCGCCAUUCAAGCUUGUUGUUACACAAUGUUGUGAAGAAUUGCAGGUUUGUAUACAAUAAUAAUUAUUCGGCUAAAUAAUUUACAAAAGGAAAGGAAGAAGACGAGUACUUAAACAAAGAUUUAAAUCUCUGUACAAAUACAAUGUUCAAAUACCAUUUUAUUCUUACGGUGAAGUCUAUACUUUUUCACAACACUGUGUGUGGUUUAGUUGUUAUGCAUAUUUUUUCCAAUAGUAUUUUUUAGCUUGAGGCAUUAACACUUCAAGGACUCUGCGAAUUUGGAGAUCAAACUUCCAUACAAGCAAACUAUGACACCAAUCAUUAUAAUAAAAAUUUGUCGAAAUUUGCAUCCCUUAAAUAUCACACUUAAGUGAAUUAAAAGAGUACCUGACAUUUUACAAAUCUUGACCAUCAAGAACAUCGAACCUAAAAUUCGUCUUGAAGCGUUGAGGAAGGUCGUGGCAGAUGUCCUUGGAGUGCUAAAUAACUCUUUGUUUCUACUUCUGUUGAUAUACGAUCAUCCUCUUGUCCGUAAGUUCUGGCUGUGUAAGGAGUGUCGAGGUAUUGCUGUUUACAUGGUCACUGGCAUUGACAUUUUCUCAAAUUGCUCCUUUGUGCGCCCCCUGUGACCCUGUCCCUUCCUAGGCCACGAUGCUGAAGAAGACCAAGGGUAAAAUGAAACGGCGUAAUACAGAGUCCAGCAUGCAGCUGGCCCUUCAGGCCGCGCCCUCGAGCGAACCGGAACCAGAAAUCUUCUGAGUGACAGAACGUUUCCGGUGCAAGCGGAUCCAGGAUGUCACGUCACAAGUACCACGUGUUUACGCGAGAAACAUCGCAACGCUAUCGCGCGCAACAAAUGAAAUCGGCCUCGAAAUUCGUCUGUCUGAGCGUCGAGUCGCGAUCCCAAUGGUCGCGAUGCUCCGUUACGAACUUAUUACGUAGGCACAAGGAGCACGAGAGUUAUCUCCGCUCAUAACGAAGACCAACAACACACGGGGAGCUCCUUCCAGGAUAGCCAGGAUAAAGAAUCCAUGACGCACGCACGAUAAGAUCGAACAACUAAAAGGAAAAGAACACCGCAGGAUGAAACAACUCGUUUAUGGACAUUUCAAUAAUGAACUCGAGUAAUCUUUAAUGUUCCCUUCCCGAGUUGCUAGGAUGAAAAAUAGAUCUCAUUUUUAAAUGUUAAUAAUCAUUAUAUAGCAUUGUACGUAGCUUCGAUCGAUAUUUUUUUAGUAACAAAAAAAAACGAACAAAGAAGAGAACGAUGGUGAAACAAAGUGAAAGAAACCCGAACUAUAACGUAUUAUAGAGGAAGAAAGAGACGGGAACCAAACCGCGGACACAACGUUAACCAAACAUUGCAACAUUGAUCGCACCGUUUCCUCCCGUUUAAUCCGCUUUGACAACCCAUUUACUUCCGCAAUUUUGCGUUACCGUAGCCCGUCACUUGGUCCCGUGAACGAGAGAAUGACGUGAAUCGUAAUCGUACAAUGGCGUUUCGUAUGGUAUUUUACUAAUCCACAAGUAAGUACUGUGGACACGAUAAAAAAGAUCAGUUGUUAUUAAUAUAUGUAUAUAUAUAAUAUAUAUAUAUAUAAAAUAUAUAUAUAUAAUAUAUGUAUAUAUAUAUAUAAAUAUAUAUAUAUAAAUAUAUAUAUAAAUAAAUAUAUAAUAUUUAUGAUUAAAUAUUAAUAUAUUUACAAAAAAGAGUAAUGUAUUAGUAUUACCGUUUUAAGUUGUGAUAACUGUUGUGCGUCUGACUGCUGGGCAGUCUGGAAUUUAUAACAAAAAAGAUCAAAUACCAGUGGCAGUCAGUCAUUUUAUAGGUUACGAGAACAAACUAAAAAGAGAGAAAACAAAAAAAGAAACUAUCUACGAGGACGAGUAAAUGUAACGCGUUUAAGUAAGGGUUAACAUUGUCAGCGAAGCAUUUCGCCAACUCGUCUCGAUGAAUACAAAUGUAACGCAAACGGAAUAAUAAAAAAUAAAUCGCAGACGACUUGGCAAUGCUUCAAUCUUCGGCUCUAGCAACGCCCUUUCUAUAUGAAGGGAUGUAUUGCAAGAGCCACACGGUAUGCAAAACACAUUCCGCUGUAACGUGGUGAAAGGACAUACGGACAUGUACAUUUCUAAACUAUGCCAAAAAGAGGAACUUCUAACGUGCUAACACUUUCAUGCUGUUUGGACACCUCUCGAUACACCUCGGUUCUGACGCAAAAAGGGACGAAACGAAACGUCGACCACUCGAGCAGCGACGUUCGUAUACAAACGCAAGAUAGGACACCUUCACACGAACGAAAGGUGGCACCGAAGAAAUCGAGGAUCGACGCUAGUUGGAUCGUCGUGGCCGGGGAACAUCGUGGAUCGUGUUCAUAUUUUGGACCCUUCGUUGGCAUCAUUCGAUUAAGAGACAAUUUCGGUGCCAAACAGUUGUACAUAAUACUGUAAAUGUAGGAGAUAAACGAAAUCGUUAUUCGAACGGCAAGGAUGGUGGAACGAGUUACCGUUGCAUGCCGAUCGCAUUCGAAUGAUCGCAUACGUUAGGAUACGCUAGGACCCGAACACCUAGGUAAACGUGUCGCGUGCGUUUCGGUAUGACCGACAGGAGGGAUUGGAUGUAUUAGAUGCGCGAACAAGAAUGGGGAGAAUUUGUUAAAAUUGGGAGUAAGAUGCGUUUGACACGUUUGAUUUUGCGUUAUCGGACGCUUCGUAGAGUAACGGCUCCUGUGCACCUCUAGUUAACUUCGUGAGUCCUCUCCAUUAUGGGGGAAAACGUUUUCUUUUGCCAGUAAUAGAGAUUCAUCGCGGGCGAGACCGUUCAUUUCCGGAUGAUUGAACAGGUCUCGCCCUCCAUUGGUCACAACCUGCCAAUGAUGCACGGGCUCAGUCGUUCAUCUUCGACAUCCGGUGUUUACGAGUAUGAAUGGCGCAUCGGCGGCAGAUUGAAGAACGCGUUCCGUUUGUUAAAUCGAGGAAGCUCUAGCGUUGCUAUACAAGAAUAGAGAAACCAUACUAAGCUACGAACCAUUUACGUAUAAUGGAUGUAUGUGCUGUAAACGAAAAAAAAAAAAAAACAAAAACAAAAGCUAGCUGUUACGACUGAAUUCGUUUCCUGUCCUGUCCGACGAGACACGCUGUUGUACACACGAAACUUUUCACACACGUACACACGUACACACGUACACACGAACACAAGCACUCAACACUUUUACCGCUCGAGUUUGGUCUAUUUUCUUUUUUUUUUUUAUUUGUUUAGUGACGAACUCGACGAACACUCUUCUUUCCUCGAAUUUCACAUUUGCAUUUUAUGGAUAUAGAAUUUGUUGAGAAUAACGCGAUUUCGUUAUUAUUUUCUAUCGAUUAGAAACAGAGUGAUACAGAAAGCGAGAACGAGAGAGAGAGCAUUGUAAUUAUGAGAUCGGAUGUGACACGUUUAGGGAUGAUUUUCCUUCGUGUAUCUUAAUUUUAAUGUCCAGAUUAUAUAUACAUAUUAUAACGACAUACUAUGUGAAAAUAAAUUUGUUGUAUUAUAUCAAUA